AUGAGUCGUUUGACACAACCAUUGCCUGUGAGCUGUUACAAGACUCAGGGUGGAGGUUUUAACUUCGGUUCGCCUGCCCAGACCUUUUCAAUAGCCCCGAUGUUGUGCAAGACAGAUGGUGAUGACAAUGAUGUAAUCACAGAUGUGAUCAGUUCACCAGAGAUAGAGGAGAUCAAACCUUCAUUUACAUUCUCAGCAACUGCAAAGUUGAAACAGAGAGAAGUCGAAUGGACAGAAGAGAAAAGGAAGAGUCUGAUGAAGACUGUCAGCUCCUACAGACCGAGCUGUGAAGAGGCGACUCCGGCUCGGGUUCUCCUCCUGGGCCCAGUGAGUUCUGGAAAGUCCAGCUUUAUCAGUUCAGUCCAGUCUGUGUUUCAUGGAAGAGUCACCAACUGGGCCAUGGUGGGCUCCUCCUCAGCCAGCUUCACCAAGAAGCUGCAGUCCUUCAACAUCCGCGGCCAGAAGGGAGAAGAUCCCACCGCACUGGUGCUGUGUGAUGUUAUGGGCCUGCGGGAUGGAGAAGGGAGUGGGAUGACUCUCCAUGACAUCCUGUCUGUCAUUAAAGGCCAUGUACCAGAGGGACACAAGUUUAGUCCAGAUCAGCCAGUGAGGUCAGAGACUUUGGGCUAUGUGAAGAAGCCAAGCCUUAAAGACAAGAUCCACUGUGUGGCCUUUGUGGUGGACGCCACCAAAAUCUUGACCUACCCCAAAGGCCUCAGCACAACUUUCCAACAGCUCCGUGAGCACAUCAGUGACCUAGGUGUUCACCAGGUGGCUCUGCUGACCCACAUUGACAAGAUUUGUUCAGACACAGCCAAAGAUAUCACAAAGGUUUAUGAGAGUCACAUCAUUCAGGACACGAUGGAUAAAGCUGCAGCUCUGUUGGGUAUGUCCACCUCCUACAUCGUCCCAGUGAAGAACUACUCAUCAGAGUUGGACCUGGAUGUGAACACUGAUGUGCUUCUGCUUAGUGCUGUCGACCACAUCCUGCAGUAUGCCGACCUGUAUUUCCAAGACAAUCCAUCACAAAACAUAUACAAAAUGUCUCUCUAAAAAUGUUAC